AUGAAUAGACCACAGAGAAGAGAUGUUAGGGAUAGGCUGCCUAAAGUUGUCGAGAAGAGGGCGCCGAUCCAAACCAUCACCGUCGAUUCGGAAGAGUUUGACAGGAUUACUAGAAAUUGGGUCGGUUUGGAAAACCUUGCUGGUAUUACCAAUACCAUAGGACAUGCAACUACUCUAUCAACAAUCCCUCGUGCAAAGUCCUCUAGCUCACCACAAAGCCUAGUAGAGACUACACCCACACUAACCGUAAAGACGCCUGAGAGCAAACCAGCUCUUCCAAUUGCAGAGCCAGUAACCAGAACUGUAGUUACAAUUGGUUUUACACAGCCCAUUACUUCCCCUCAUCCAUAUUCGACAUCAAAACCGGCGGCACGUCAAGACACAGCUACAACUUCUGUCGCUCACCAAACCCAAUCAUCUGCACACUCGAAACCAGAUGAUCAGCACCAUGAUCAUGUAGCAGGUAUUGUGGUGGGGCUCGUAGCUGCUGGUAUAACCUCAGCAAUCGUUCUACUUGUUGGCUUUUUCUUCUUCUGUAGGUAUAGAAGAAGGAGGGAGCUAGCAAAGGGCGAAGAAGGGGAAGUUGGUAGGAAAUCUGGGAGUUUCGGGCGGGGAGCUAAGAGAAGCGCAUCCCAGAACAGUGCCGAAAGCAAGAGAAAACUGUUGGCUCGGACUACAACUAGGGAACAGAAUGAUGGAGGAAGCGAAGAUGAACAUUGGAAGCCGGACGAAAAGGUCCACUACCCGCCAUACCAGCACAUCCCAAGGAACCUAGGGAGUGAUCUUGCUGCUAAUUCAGAUCAUUGUGACCACACAUCAAGGGCUGUCAGCCCAAGCUCCGCGGAUACUCCACUUCCAGAACUUCCUAUCCGGCCUCCAACUGAAAUUAGGAACACAGCUCCGAGGCAUCGGCCUAGUCUUCCUAUUGAGCUUCGUCCAUUCAGUACGUCUACUAGGCCUGUCGCGGGGCUCACUCGCCCUCAAACCGCCUAUGGCAAUAAUGGUCCAGGAAGAUAUAUUAUGUCUCCCAAAGCCCAAAGCGGCUGUGCUGUACGAAGGAGCAGCACUAAGACACAUAAAAAGAAACCGCAGGCGCCUAGUGGGAGCCCUCGAGGGAGAGCCUAUACAUUAAAUACAGUCGAAAGCCCAGAAAGACUUGCCCCCCUCGCUCGAAAUACUGACAUGUUCCCUUUUCCGUCACGAUCGCAUUCUCACUCACCGACCCCUGGUCUAAACCGGCGAGCAUCAACAUCAUCUCAAAGGUACUCUAUAUUUCCUAAGGGGGAGAGGAAAGCAUCCCUUGACGGAUCUGUGGCCGGUAGCUCCACGAAUGGAAAGGUAGCGGGCCUCAAUAUCCCUGGACAUAGUGGUGCAAAUACCCCUCGGGGUAUUUCACGGGUCGCAAGUUCCAACAGUCUCCGUGAAGAUGCCUCCGGAAUUCCAACUGUUUGGAUGAAUGGUGCUGAAAGCCCCAAAGCAAGCCCUACACGUGUUCGAGUAGAUGGUGCAAGUGGGCCGCCACCUGACUUCCAAGUCCCCCCAGUCUUUCCUAUUUCAAGGAGGUCUGGGAAGCUGCAGAUAGCAAUUCCAGAAUCUCCAAUUGAUGGUACCAUCAAGAGUAUCUCCUCAACAAAUAGCUCUAUUUUUGAUACGUUCAAACGUAGUUCUGGACCAUUGCCUAUACCCGAGAAGUCACCUCUGAGACCUAUCUCUCCGGGGUAUUCAAUAAAAUCGAAUUCUUCAUCAUUGGCACGAUCUCCUUCUCCUUGCCUGACUGAUGAUUCUACAGAACCUGGGACACCAGGUAGAGUGCGCCGCCGAAAUACCGGCUACAGGUCUCCUCGUCGACCUUCCGGUUCACCUCCACCAGCCCUUCCAACUCCCACGAUUGCUCUCCCACAGGGCGACCUACGAGAUGAUAACAGCGUUACCGAAACUAUCACGGAUGAAUCGCGUUCCCACAAUACCAUGUCUCUAGGAACUUGGAGCCAAAUCACUUCGACAGCCAACACAAGGCCACAUUCCUACAGUACAAAUACCACAAUGUCAAGACUAUCCCUGGGAAUGAAGGAGAAGGUAAAUACGAGGUUUUCCGCCUCCCCGAUCUAUGAAAGUUACGAUUCAGGUGAAAUAGCUGCUUCGAGUAGGGAUAGUUUCCUGCCAACAUCCGAUUCGCAUGCUAAGCACCAGAGCUGUGCCGAUCAAGCUGUAGACUCUUUCUUUCACGCCAACCGAAGCGGGACCAAUAUAAACCGUCUAUCAUUGGAAGAUAUUGAGUAUAUCGAACCAGAACUGGCUCGUUGUAUCAGUAUAACUUCAACCUCUGGAUCGUGCAGGACAACUAUUGAGUUUAAACCCAGUACCGAAAGCCUACAUUCGAGAAUGCUAUCUAGAAGCACAAUCCGCACAAACGACAUGCGUCUCGAGGAUAUCGAUUUGGAAACCUGCACAGAUAUUGAGGAUGUUACCGCAACUUUCACCCGUAGCAACUCCAUCGCGUCAGGAUACACCUCUCGUUAUGGACGACCAAGCCAACUAGGAGAUACAAUCGACAGCAUAGACGUUGAUAUAAACAACUCCGUAAUAUCAAGUACCUACUCUCCAACUUUGUCAAUGUAUAACUUCUAUUCAUCAGGCUCCGCUAGAUAUUCAACAUCAGUUGCUCCCCCGUCGAGUCGCUCACCUAUCGCAGCUCGUAGAAAUAGCAUUGUUCCAAACAUCAGUAUCCCUCAGCCUCAGCUAUAUUCUCACCCGAGCGCCCAACUCGAAAUUGACGAUGUCGAAGAACUGGCACUUACCUCAGGAUCUACGAACCCCGCGGGGGGUUCUUUGACAUCUGCUACAAGCCCCCUAAGCUUCACUACUGCCAACAGCAGCGAAGUUUCAUAUUCCCCUCCACUGGAUGCCGACAUCGGGGCACCAAUUCCGUUAAACGCGGCUGUUCCUAUCCCAACCCCACAGAUCUAUUCUUCAAGCCAGGAAGAUUUAUCGCAGAUGCACAUAAAUCCAACAUUCAAGCGAAGAGGUAGCUACAUGAGCUUCCACCCAGAUCAAAGCUACUGCGAUCUCAACUCCGCACUAAGCCAUGCAACUGGGCCUGUACUGCUUGGGAAGCCAUCUCAAAAUAGCCUUGCUGUUAACAGUUUGUUUGGAGGCAGGUUUGACACACAUGGGCUUAGUAGGAAUAUGAGUGCGGGAACUCUAUCUACCCUUGAUAUGUCCAGCUUCCGCGAUCUAGAUACUGAUAGAAGCAUAUCGAGUGGUCUACUAGAAAGCUCCUCGGAUGAAAGUGGUAAUAAUGUUAGGAACAGUAUGGCAAGUGAUUCUAGCGAAUCUGAUACUAGUUCUAUAGGUGAAAAGAGGAGAAGUAGGAGCCUCGGUGCCCUUACCACGCUGAAAAGGAAGAGGUCGACUGUUGUCAAGGAUGUGAGAGGGAGAUCAAGAGAGAGACGACUUGUCUAA